GCCAAUCGGCGUCGAGUAGAAGAUGGCCUCGGCAAGGAGGCAUCGAGGAGUGAGAGCCGAACGUCGUUCGGUCAGUAAACAACAGUGGAGCAGACUUCGCGACUACUGAGAGAACGGCGGGAGCUGACCUUUAUUGUUUCGCGCACACCUGUAAAAUAUCCUCCGAAGUGCUCCUGCUUUUUUCCUCCGCCUCGAACGGUUUUUUUCCGGCUGCGGAGGGAGCUCAUUGGCGUCAAGUUGGAAAAGCUGCGCUAGCCCGGGCUAACCGCGUAGCUUCUUUUGCUCCUUGGAUUGGACAUUCAUGGACCUGCAACGGCGAAAAAAGAAUCCAUAUCUUGCUUACAUUUUUGUUCGUUUGUUUUCCCACUUGGCAAAACAACAUGUGUGAAUUGGAAUAAAAAGUACGGACUUGUGGGGUAGAACAAAAGGGGCCAGCCGAGACGGUUCCAGUUGGCCGUCAUGUAUUUCCUCACCGGCUGGCCGCGGAGGCUCCUAUGCCCGCUGAGGAGUGCGGAGGAGCCCUUCUACAUCCAGCCCAGCUCACAGCGCUUCUACUUCGCUCUGCUUUCCGAGACACAGCUCAGCAUCUGGUUCAGUCGGCCUAGUGUUUUGAUCGCCAGCUACAUCGAGUCUACCAAGGCAGUGGCACAGUUUGGAUUCUACCAGAAGGCUGAAUGGAAACCUGAUGACUCCAUGAUAGCUGUGGCGACUGCCAAAGGCUACGUUCUGUUGUUCUCUGUACUCGGUGGUGGGGAUGACAAGUACCUCUAUGAGCCUGUCUACCCCAAGGGCAGCCCCCGUGUGAAGGUAACCCCAGGUUAUAAGGAGGAGCAGUGUGCCCCCGUUUUGUCACUGGAGAUAAGGAAACCCGUUGAUUUGGAGGCCCCCAUCACAAGUCUCCAGUCUCUUCAGGAGGAGCUGCUGGUGUGUACUGCAGACAGCUACCUCCAUGUGCUGCACUGGGACGGCUUGGGCGGCAAUGGACGCAAGUCCAUUUGUCUCACCGCAAUCCCCUUUUCGCUCGACCUGCAAUCUGCUCGAGGCGGCCCAUCUCUGGAUCUGGAGGGCGUUCAUAUCCGCUGCGUGGAGUACUGCGAGACACUGGACGGCUUCGCUGUGGUGCUCAGCGACGGCCGCUUGGGCUUCGUCACGCCGCUCAGCAGUUCCAUCACUGCAGACCAGCUGCAGGGCGUCUGGGCUGCAGAUGUGAGCGAUGGCACCUGCGUGGCGGUCAACAACAAGUAUAGACUUAUGGCAUAUGGCUGCGCCAGCGGUUCAGUGCUGGUCUACAUGAUCGACACAGCAACUGGAUCCAUGCAGCUUUCGCACAAACUGGAACUCACUCCAAAACACUACCCAGACAUCUACAACAAGACGGGUCCGGUGAAGCUCAUCUGCUGGUCACCUGACUUCAGCGUCGCCAUGGUGACGUGGGAAUGUGGCGGCCUAUCGCUUUGGAGCGUCUUUGGCGCACAGCUCAUCUGCACGCUGGGAGAGGACUUUGCGUACCGCUCUGAUGGCACUAAGAAAGAUCCCCUUAAAAUCAGCUCCAUGAGCUGGGGAGCAGAGGGCUAUCACCUGUGGGUGGUGCCAGCAAAGCAGACGAAGAGGAGGACGGAGGAAGAGCAGCAAGUGGCCGAGAUGGCAGAAGCGACGAAGAUGACCGCACCCCCCCAGCUAUCAUCGCAGGCUGGAAUCCUGCAGUUUCACUUUAUCAAGAGCGCCCUCACUGUCAACCCCUGUACGAGUAACCAGGAGCAGGUGCUGCUCCACGGUGAGGACCGCCUUUACCUAACGUGCGGUGACCCGGCGCAGGCCCAUAGCAGUUCUGACACGCAGCAGCACACGCGCUUGAACCCUCAUGGUGACAGCCCUCUGCACCAUCAUCACCAUCAUCACCACCACCUCAACUCCCCCUUAUCUCAGGGACUCAGCACUUUAUUGGGACACAAGCACUGGCAUGUCGUCCAGAUUCAUAGCACAUAUUUAGAGAGCAACUGGCCUAUACGGUUUGCUGCCAUAGACACAGCAGGGCAGUGCAUGGCUGUAGCAGGAAGACGAGGUUUUGCACAUUACUCCUUGUACACCAGAAAAUGGAAACUGUUUGGGAACAUCACUCAAGAGCAGAACAUGACAGUGACAGGCGGUCUGGCUUGGUGGGACGACUUUGUGGUUGUGGCCUGUUACAAUUUCAUAGACCAGCAAGAACAAUUGAGGCUGUAUCAGCGCUCAUCAAACCUGGACAACGCUUUCGCGUCGGUCACCAAGCUGCAUUCUGACACGCUGCUGCUUAAUGUUUUCCGUGACAUGGUCAUCCUGUUCAGGGCCGACUGUUCCAUCUGUCUCUACAGCAUCGAGAGGAGAAGUGACAGUCCAAACCCUUCUGUCAGUGUGGAUCUGCUACAGGAAGUAUCCAUGUCCCGCUACAUCCCUCACCCCGCCUUGGUAGUCUCUGUCACGCUCACCUCAGUGCGCACGGAGACAGGCAUCACACUGAAAGCCCCGCAGCAGGCCUGCAUGGCAGAGAGCAUCAUGUUGAAUCUGGCCGGGCAGCUGAUCAUGCUACAGAGGGACCGUUCCGGACCGCAGGUACGAGAAAAGGAGACGCCCACCAAUAGCAAGAAGCUGCUACCAUUCUGCCCCCCGGUGGUGCUGGCCCAAUGCGUGGAAAAUGUGUGGACUACCUGUCGCUCGGACAGGAAGAAACGUCACUUGCUGGAAGCCUUGUGGCUCUCCUGCGGCGAAGCAGGCAUGAAAGUGUGGAUGCCGCUGUUCCCGCGGGACCAUCGCAAGCCCCAUUCCUUUCUCUCGCGACGCAUCAUGCUUCCCUUCCACAUAAACAUCUACCCGCUGGCUGUGCUGUUCGAGGACGCGCUCGUGCUGGGCGCCACCAACGAAACGGUACUUUACGAUGGGCUGCAGGGGUCCUCUGAGCCGCUGGAGGCGCUGUUUCCAUUCUGCACUGUGGAGAGGACCUCGCAGAUCUACUUGCACCACAUCCUCAGACAGCUGCUGGUUCGAAACCUGGGUGAACAGGCGUUGAUGCUGGCUCAGUCGUGCGCCUCUCUGCCUUACUUCCCUCAUGUCAUGGAGCUGAUGGUCCACGUGGUGCUGGAGGAGGAGGCCACAUCGCGGGAUCCCAUCCCAGACCCACUUCUGCCCACUGUGGCCAAAUUCAUCACAGAGUUCCCACUUUUUCUCCAAACCAUCGUGCAUUGCGCCCGCAAGACUGAGUAUGCCCUGUGGAAUUACCUAUUUGCUGCUGUGGGGAACCCCAAGGAUCUUUUCGAAGAGUGCCUCAUGGCUCAAGAUCUGGACACCGCUGCCUCCUACUUGAUCAUACUACAGAAUAUGGAGGUUCCGGCCGUUAGCAGACAGCAUGCCACCCUGCUCUUCAACACGGCGCUGGAGCAGGGCAAGUGGGAUCUUUGCCGUCACAUGAUUCGCUUCCUGAAAGCCAUUGGCUCAGGGGAGAUGGAGACGCCGCCUCCAACGCCCACCACACAGGAGCCCAGCUCAACUGGUGGCUUUGAAUUCUUCCGAAAUCGUAGUAUUAGUUUGUCCCAGUCUGCAGAUUCGGUAACCACUGGUAAAUACAGCUUACAGAAGACCUUCAGCAUGCCUGCUGGACACGGAAGUAAAGGGCGGGACAGUGAGUGCGCUGAGAACAUGUACAUCGACAUGAUGCUGUGGCGCCAUGCCCGCCGCCUCCUGGAAGAGGUGCGCCUUCGGGACCUGGGGUGCUUCUCUGCUCAGUUGGGUUUCGAGCUCAUCGGGUGGCUGUGCCGAGAGCGGAACCGCGUGGCCCGCGUGGAUGACUAUGUCCUGGCCCUGAAGAGACUCCACAAGGACUUCCUGUGGCCGUUCCCAGUCGUUCCCGUUGCGAACCUCAGCUCACCGUUGAAGAACGGACGGUGUCGACCUGUGCUUAGCACGAGGCUCCUCAAAUCCCAGUCGGCUGACAGCCUGCUGAACAGUGACAUGGACACUGCGCCCCCUCCUACGGCUCCAGCCAAUCACACCUGGAUGGACGGCCUCAGCCAAAGGAGUAAAGACACGGAUGCUGCCUCUUCCCUCCUAUCCAACCCGCACUCGCCGCAGACGCACGAAGCGUUUCUGUCACUGAUCACCAACAAAGCGGAAGACUACAGCGUGGGCUCGGCCACUGACCUGACAGAGAGCAGCUCGGUGGUGGAUGGCGACUGGACGGUGGUGGACGAGAACUCGUCCACGCUGAGCCUGAGCCAGGCAGAGCUGGAGCACAUUUCCAUGGAGCUGGCCAACAAGGGGCCGCACAAGUCUCAGGUGCAGCUCAGGUACCUACUUCACGUCUUCACUGAGGCGGGCUGCCUGGAGUGGUGCGUCGUUAUCGGCUUGAUCCUACGCGACGCCAACGUCAUCAAGCGGGCAGUCGCGUUCCUGGCUAGCCCCGAAGUUCCUAUCGAAACGGUGCAGAGCGUACGCAGCGGAUUAUUAGCUGUGGAUGCCUGGACCUCCACUGACUGCCUGGGCUACAAAGCGUUCCUCGGCCUGAUUCGGCCUCACCUGCUGCAGCUGACGGCGGCGCCGACGACCGCCGAACAGGUGCAGCCGGACGCCUUCCAGGCUUCCGCCUGCCAGAGCGCCGCCGAGGGGCCGGGGGGCGCCGCCUCGGCCCGACCCGAACCCGCCGCUUCUACCGCCGCUCCCCUCGGACUACUGACGCUCCCCUCGCUGGAGCCUAAAACUACCGCCGAGGAACGGACCACCGAUCGGACGGAGGAGCGGAGUGACGAGGAGGGCGCCUACGACUGCACCUUGUCAUGAACCCUUUGGAGCUUCCUACUCCGCAUAGUAUUAUCGAGCCUUCUUCGCAAGGGAGGGAAAUUCCUUUCCGACGGCUUCUAUUUUUUUCCAAGACCAUAUAAAAAGUGCCGUCAAAAGGAGGGGCAGGUGCCACCCACCAUACUUUCAUACCUCAUAAGUUUUAAGCAUAGUAUUUUUUCAAUGAAGUUAUUUUUCUAUGCAACCAAAACCAUGUUUAUAGAUUCUUACAUAAAUAUCGUAAAUAUAAAGGCAAGAUUUCUACAGGAAAACAAAACUAAAAGAUCCACUCUCCUCAUUUCACACGUUGCAUCUGGCCGGACUGCUGAAGACUUUAUUAUUAUUAGUUUUAUCACAUUGUCUCGUGCAUGGAAUUAAUUUUAUGGUAUCGGUCAACAAUUAUGAGGAUUAUUUAUUGUAAUUACGAUUGCAUCAUUUCGGAAUCUUUGUUUUUAUAAUGAUUUUUUUGUUGUUAAGUUCAUCCAGGUGGUAUAAGAGUGUCAGUAUUACCUUGUGCAAUUUAUCCAAAUGUUACUCAGCUUUAUGUGAUUUGAUUUGCUGUUUACUUUUUUUUUUGACCAAAUGUCACCCUGUUAAGUGGACGAUUAUUAACUCACUGGCUGCCAUUGAUGGCAAUUUGAACUGGGAAGAACCCUGAUGAGUUAUUAUUGCGUCGUGACAGACUGAAAACGGAGCGAUGCCGUCGUUUUGGCGACGCUUACUUGAAAAACGCUGACUUGACAAACCAAAGACUUUUUGUUUUUUGUCCAGAGGCCUUCUCUCUGCUUUUUAACUCCUUUCGACUCAGCAUUUAGGGAAACCUGCACAUAGCAUCCACUACAAAUUGAGUGCCCUUUCUAAUAUUUUUACCCAGUCAUGACCAAACGUAAGCACGGUCGUGAGCGUGUUACGCAUGUCUGCCUCACACAUUGUCAGGUUCUGGGUUCCAAUUUGAACUGUGGCGUUGAAUUGGCAACAGCUGUCAUUCUUGAUCAUGAACCCAAAGUGUAUGUGUACCUAAUAAAAUGACCGUUUGUUUAAUGUUGACUGUUAGGUACUUCAACCCGGGUUUAGCACACCUACUAAAAUACUAAUACUACCGUGUGCAGCAGACUUGCUAAGUGCUGUAAAUUAUGAGCACGAGCUCGCCUGUACAAUUUGCAUUUCUAUUUCUAAUUUUUCAACUUUUUUUGUCCUCCGCUUGUACAUAGACCAAUAAAUUAUUUUUUAAAAAAGGAUUUGGUUGUAUAUUUUGUUGCAAAGUGAAAAUUGUAUCACAGUGGCGUGGGAAGUGGGGUGUGGAUGGUGCUGCAAUGCUUUGUUGUUGUGGAUAAAAAGUUUUGGGUUUUUUGUUGUUGAAUAAAGAAUAUUGAAACUAUAGCGUAAUAUAACUUUGGGGAUUAAAUAUACAGUGUAUCGCAAAAAGUGAGUAACACCCAUGAGCGGAUUUUGAGGGUGGCAGAGGGGCCAGGCCCCCCUAGUGGCCGAAAAGUCUCAUUGCAUGUAAUUAAAUUUCCUAUAUAUAUGGCGGAAAACACUCAAGCAAACAACAAACGUUCAAACGUUUUGAACAGGGCAUUUAAAAUUUUUUUUUAAAUGCUUUUUUUAAACAGCAAAACCCUAUCUGGAGGUGAGAGCACGCCAGAACAGAAUUACAGACGCCAUGACUUUAACAGGAUAUUAUCGCAUACUUGCUUUUUUCGAUCCAAAAACUCCAUGUAGCAUGUAUCACUGAGUGUCAAGA